UAUCGAUUGAGGUGUGGCCAACACGUGUAUCAAGACAUCUCGGAAGUGCAUGCCAAAGCCCCGUGGAAGCUGGAACGACAUACAAACUUCCCGUACAUAUGGAACCCAUACACCUUCCUUCCAUCGCGCUCUCAUUGUGUCCAGACUUCACGCCGACAGAUACUUGAAAUAACGAAUUACAUCGCAAAUGCACAACUGGGCCGAGGCCAGUGAAUCUGGGGUGCUCUAUCUUGUCAACGAUCGUCGAGGGAAAAGAUUUGUUCGUCGACCUCGUCCUCCACCAACUUCACCUCCACUCGACGAAGACUUUGACGCCAUAACGCAGGAGUGUACCACUCGAGGUCCAGAGACCGAGUGGGGCACGAGAGUCAGAGAGUCCUGGGCGCCCACGUCUCCUCCUCUCGACGACGACUUUGAUGCAGUGACAUAUACUGUUGUUACUGGCGCGCCACAGGCUGACGUGGAGACGGACUACUAUGGAGAGAAGCCUCGGACAGAGACCGCCCCUAGUGUUUCUGAGCGUAAACUCCAUCGUCGCGACCGCAGUAUCGCGAGUACUAGCCAACGACCGACGCGGGGAUAUGACGAGUUCGGUAUGGAGGACUGUGAUUAUGAGUACAAGCAACCCACCAGACGCGACAUGCCUAGGUCAAUGGGGUCGAAGAAGGUCCUGGACUCGGGCGUUGGUAGGCUGGCGCUAGAGAGGCUUAACGGAAGCCCGAUGAGGCUGAGGAGAGUCAGCGAGUCUGUGUUGGAUCAUGGAAAGGCUAGGAGGAUGAAUGGAAGUACAGGCAGGAAAGCACCAAGGACAGGGCCUAAGGCUGGACAGGAGUUUGACGUCGUACACGAUCAGAUUCUUGAAGACGGGCCCGAGAGAACUGUAACAAUUUCGACAUGGCGCGAGAGGGUUGCAAAAGAGGCGAAAUACGAAGAUAUGAGCGUCUAUUAUAUGACGCAAGGCGACUACGAAGUGCAAGAGACAACUGAGGGUCGUUCAUCUGGAGGUCCGAGCGCGAGGGGCGGUAAAAGCCAGGAGGCACCAGUGAGUCAUUGGUUAUCGCACGAGAAUAUCAACGGCAUACACAGUCGCGCCUCACCCGUCCAAUAUGUUGUCGCUUCCGACGGGCAACGGUCUUUUUCAUCGGCAUCUAAAUCUCGAGCCCCUCCCCGUGACCGUGCCUCGUCCAAGGAAUUUCGCUCCGGGACAUCACAUAGUCCACGAGGUCCAACGCUGCAGGCUCGAACGACGACGCCCUAUGUCGAGGGGACGUCGAGUUCGCAUACCCCACUGCGUACAUCCACCCCGAACAAAAGCAUGCGAUCACCUACACCCUUUAUGCCCACUCGUUCGGGAUCGACGAUAAGUAGCAUAAAAUCAAUAGCUACGUCCAAUUUCCAGGACGUUUUAUCAUCUUGUGAACCGUCCUUGCUUCAUGCCGCGCCAACGCUGGUGAGUCUGGGGAUAAGAAGCGUGGAGCACCUGCGCGCGGUUGGGCGACUUACGGAGGAGGUCAGGGAUAGGGAAGUGAGAGAUGAAGCGUUAAAGAAGGGGCUAACUGUUAUGGAAUGGGCAAUCUUAUUGGAUAAAUUACGGUCUCUCUGAUUUUUGGCCCAGGUCUAUCUGGAACCAACGGAUGGUGUAUAUGCAUGUUCUAAUUUAUGUAAACAGUCUAUAAAAUGAUGUAGUGAUACAUACGAAUUAAUUCGAUGUAUCUCCGGACUUAUUACCUCCUUGUAGCGUCUUGAAUUGAGCUCGA